AUGUACAACGAGCCCCUGAGCCUUACCAUUUUGAGAUUCCAGAAUCACGGAUGGGAACUUAACGACGCCAUUAACGACGGUAUGACACUUGUUCAGAAGAUGCAGGUUGUAGACCAGAUCGCGUAUGCUUUACGACACAUGCACUCCAACGGCUAUGUCCAUCGCGACAUUAAGAUGGACAAUAUAUGUGUACGCUCAGCAGUGUCGUUGUCCGCAGCCCCCCCUACCACUGAUACCACCCGAUCGGAUUAUGGCGGUCAAUCCGAUAAAGGGGACGUUGUGGCCACACUCAUCGAUCUUGAGACAUGUAUGAAGGUGGAUGACAUUAACCCGAGUAACUUGACGGGCACUCCCUUGUACUUUCAUCCUUUGGUCGUUACUAACCUGGAGCAGGGCAAGAACCCGUACGACGGAGAG